AAUUAAUGGAGGAAUUGGUGCUCGUCACUCUCGAGAGAACGCGCUCGCGAUCGAUGGGACGCUUUCUAGGUAUAUAACCGGCAUUCUCCCUGCUCCUCCCUCCCAGCCGAUCUUGAUCGAUCGCUCGCGCUCCCCUGUUCCAUUGCUUCCUUCUCCUCGAUCGAGCGCUCGCGCUAGCGAUAUUUCUUGCCUCCAUCGAUCGAUCCAGCGCUCGAUAUCACGGGCACACCCAUGGCAUCCUCGCUCUUGCUCCUCGCGUUCGUGGUUUCUUGCGGGGCCGUGGCGAUCCUUGCGGCGCAGCCGGAUUGCACGAAUGAGAUCGAGCAGCUCCAGCCGUGCCUGGCGUAUGUGGAGGGCCAAGUCACCGCUCCCAGCUCCGAUUGCUGCAAAGGGCUCCUCUCCGUGCACACCAACAGGCCAGUGUGCCUGUGCAUUCUCAUGUCCUCCUCCACCAGCGUGAAUAGCAGCACCGCGACGCUCCUCCCAUCGAUUUGCAAGGUCGACACGGAUCCAAAGCGGUGCCCAGCUCUGCUCAAGGGGGAUGCUGCGGCACCAACUGGAUCAUCCUCAUCCCCAUCCACCGCGUCCGGAGGCAAGGCCGCCGCAAGCGACACGGCUGCGAACUCCGCCACCCCGUUCGUCUCCUUGUCCUCGUCGCUGCUCCUGACCGUGACGAGCUUGGUCCUGGCGGGAUCCAUGAACUUCUUGUGAAGCUUUCCAGUUCUUUUGUGAGUUUGUAGCUAGGAGGAAUGUGAUUCUCUUUUGCCUAGCGGUUGCUAUACUAUUGUUACAUUAUACACUACUAGAUUCUGUCAUACUUUGGCAUAUGAA